CUUUUUUUCUGGGGCUUGUUUUACUCAGCUGCUGAUAAAGGCGAACUGAAUUCCGGUGUGAGUCGCGUCACUGAACGGGCGGAGCAGCUCAGUGUCUUUGUUCGGCUCUACUUUUCAUUUAGUUAAUUUUCAUACGUUUUAAGCAGAUGUCAACACGUCAGUUUUCUAACAUGGACGAAAUAUGUGGGGUUGGUAACUGGUAAUGGAACUGAAACGCUUGACGUCACCUCUUACUUACAUUGGAUCUCGGAUGGAUGUCUGUGAGGACUUCCUGGAAGGGAAAAAGCACAGUGAGCACUCUUCGUACAGUGUUCUGGGAUACAAUGAUCUCGAGGCUGCUGAAGCUCUGGUCUAUAUGAGCUUCUGGAGUCAGAUGUCUCCAAAACCCAAUGCCUUCAAACCUCGCCCUCUCACGCCAGCAUCAGACUCCUGUGAUUCUCUCCUGCACCCCGAACCGCCGGAGACCCCAAAGGACUUUGUCUCGCUCUCUUCACUGUGCAUGACCCCUCCACACAGUCCCGGCUUUACUGACAUCUCCAACACCACAUCAGUGCCAGCCCCCCCUUCCCCACUGGCCCGGCCCUGUCCCAGCCUCCCGAGUCCAAGAUCGUCAUGCCCUACCAUGACCUCCAUCACUCACAUGCCCUGUUCUGAGCACCCCACAGAAAAAAACACACCCACACCUUGUAGAGCCAUGGCAACCAGCGUAAUACGCCACACAGCCGACACCACCUUAUCUCAGAACAUUCCACAAGCUGUCCACCCGCAAAAGACUGAGAACGUUUCUUCUUCACCCACCUUGUCCUACCGAACUGAGACCCACACCCCUACAGGAGGCACAUGCCAAAACAUCAGCAGACUACUUUCUGAGGCUGAUAAGCCCUCCAUUACAUCAUCUGCUCAGUCGCCGCCCCCAACCUCCAGUCCGCCAAUCAUAUGCCAAAUGUUCCCGAUGGCCCAACCUGGAGUCAUCUCCGCCACGUUUAUUCAGAAUCCCAGCCCUGGGGUGAAGUCUAUCUUACCACAGCAGCUCCUGAUGGGCUCUCCAAUGCCUCAGGGGACGGUGAUGUUCGUGAUGCCACAGUCACCAGUUUCUUCAGCUCCACAUUGCCAACAGACUGUUAUGACCCUAGGCAACACCAAGCUCCUCCCUUUGGCUCCAGCACCUGUAUACGUGCCCUCGGGACAGAGCAACGCCGCACAGGUUGAAUUUUCCCGCAGGCGCAACUAUGUCUGCAAUUUCUCAGGCUGUCGGAAAACCUAUUUUAAAAGUUCCCACCUCAAGGCGCAUCUCAGAACCCACACAGGAGAGAAACCUUUUAGCUGCAACUGGGAAGGAUGCGAUAAGAAAUUUGCUCGAUCUGACGAGCUCUCCCGGCACCGGCGGACACACACGGGUGAGAAGAAGUUUGUCUGUCCAGUGUGUGACCGACGGUUUAUGCGGAGUGACCACCUCACCAAGCAUGCACGGCGACACAUGACCACCAAGAAGAUCCCAUCUUGGCAGACAGAGGUGCGAAACCUCAACAAGAUCCCCACAGCCAAGGUCUUGCCCACUGGCACAGCACUACCGGUCAGCAUGUUGCUGCCAGCCUCAAACUGACAUUCUUUGAGACUGAAGUCUGAACUCUCACUGAUGUUAUGCAAGGACUCACUUUAUGAGGGCAAGGCUGCCAAUUCUCUCAUGGGCAAAAACGUGAUUAUGCACUGGACUGCUGUCUUUGCUGCACAUAUUUCGCACUCGGCAAUGGAACGUUUUGUUUCCUAUUGUGUAAAAGAUUUAUGCACUCUUUUGCCAAAGUCUUUGUACUAUGUUUGUCUUAAAAUUUCUUCCUUUUUAUUCUUUUCUUUUGUAUACAUUUAUAUGUACAUAUCUAGUGGAAAUAUAUGCUAGACUACGCAAAAUUAGAAAAAGGAAAAUAUGUAAAAAUGUAUAUGUGGAUAAUUAAUCUACACUGUGAUUAUCAUAUAAAACUUUUAUUUAAUACUCUUUUUUUUUUUAUUAAACUAUGAAGAUUAA